AAAAAGGUUACAUUCGCUAUUAUGUCGCCUUCACGGCAUGCAUGUAACAUUCAUUCUAUCAUAGAUUUACAUAGAACGUCUUACAGUGUUCAUUUCCGCAGUUACCUAAACGUCACAGUGCGUACGAAAUUACUUUCAGGCCGACGAGGAAACGGCUCCAGGACUUCUUCCAACGAGAUGGCUUGCGAGGCGUGUAGUGCGAAGUUCAACUUGUUCAAAAGAAAAAAACAAUGUAUGGACUGUCUGAGAUAUUUUUGCUCUGAGUGUGUGAUCAAACGGAUGGACAAGAUAUUUACAUGCGAGAGUUGCGGCGUACUUUCUAGGAGACCACUUGUUAAGAAUCAAAUUAGACAAAUGCGUUCCAAAGACAUACGUCAGUAUCUCGUAGCAAAAAAGGUUUCUGUCAAAGGAUGCAUUGAGAAAGAAGACUUGGUGCAUAUACUAAUGAGCUUUGCUAAUGGAGCUGAUCCCUGCUUAUGUGCUGAUCCCAGUAUAAAUCACAAUAUCAGAUUGCAAAAUGUGCAAGAGCCAGUUGUUUUCAGAGUUGAGUCUUCCUUAAACAGAUCGGAAAGCAUGCCAAAUGUCAGCAUAAAUAACGCACCACAUGAAAAUGCACAGGCAGAACCACAGCCCACAAGAAGUGAAGAUGUUGAAAUGGAAGAUGACUUGGUGGUGGAAGUUGGAAGUAGUAGUAGAAGUACUGCUAGUAGUCCGAUCGUAAGCAUUCCGCCCAGCGAUAAUGAGUCGCCCGAAGACAGAUCGACGAGAAGCAAUCACGUUGAAAUAGAAGAAGUGCUCGAUAGUAAUCCAGCCGAUUCUAGUAAUGCGGUCCAAGCAGAGCCAGUAGUUACCGAGCAAGAGGAAGUUUCUGAAACAUCAAAUGAAAAAAAAUCAGAUAUGGUUACAGAAAUUCCCACGUGGUCAGAUAAAGUGCAUCUGUCAGACAUUAAAGAAGCAUCGGAACUAGAAUAUUUAAACAUUAAACAAUUGAAAAAUCUAUUGAGUACAAAUCGCGUAGAUUACAAAGGCUGCAUAGAAAGGCAGGAAUUGUUGAACAGGGUGUCCAGAUUAUGGCAAGAGUAUAAACAAUCUAGACAAGACGUGGAAAAGUUAAGCGAAGAAGAAUUGUGCAAAAUCUGUUGGGACGCUCCGAUUGAGUGCGUAAUUUUGGAAUGCGGUCACAUGGCUUGCUGCAUCAAUUGCGGCAAACAAAUGUCUGAGUGUCCAAUAUGCAAGCAAUAUGUCAUCCGUGUCGUGCGAUUCUUCAAAGCUUGACGAGACAACGAUUAGAGCGUAAUAGAUUGGCGGACUAUAAUUUUUUUAAUCUACGAGCAGUUCGAUGAGUAAGUUUAUUAUUUUAUCUACGAGAUUAAUAUCUCGGGUGCUUAUAUCAAUUGUCAUUGAUCGGAUAAGAUUGAUUCUGACGUGUUUAUCAAACAACAGAAAACGGAACCGAUUGAUGAUAAGAAGCCAAAUCCUGAAACAAAGUUUUUUGUGCAAAGAAUUUAUUAGCGUAUGCGAUGAAUGAUGAUUAGUUCUAUGUAAAAUAUGAUCCAGUUCUGUGUAAGAUAUAUUUCAGUUCUAUAUAAAAUGUAUACAUCAGUUGUAUAUGCACUGUUUUCGAAAAGAAACUGGUUCUUGAAGAACUAAACGUCAUUUAAAGUACAGUUCCGAAGUUUAAAGAUAAUAUUUGGAGAUAAAUGUCUAUAUAGCAUUUUAAUUAUUAGCUAUGUAUCGCGAUAAAGUUUUAAAAUGCCAAGGGAGAGAACAUAAAGUCCUUUAUUUUACGGAGUUGCGCAUUCUCUGACGCUCCUGACCUCCUGUCAUCCCAGAAUUUUUGUAUGUGCAAUGUAUGUUUUUUAUGGAAAUAAACUCGAAAUGAAUUUUAAUUAUAUAGAAUAGUGGAUCGUUGCAGUUUGCUUUACGAUAAAUAUAAAACUCGAGAGAAAAGAAGGAAGAAAAA